AGUUCUGUGAAUGAAUCUAUCAAUUACAACUUUCUUUUCUAACAAUAAGUGAUCAACAAUGAAUUAGAAAAGUGGUGUAUCAAUUUGAUCUGUGUUACAUUUUUUAUGUGUUCGAUUCGAAAUGGGCGACAGCAGCGACUCUGAAGAGUUCUACGAUGCAGAAGACUUCACACCCAAUAGGGGAUCGAAGAGAUCAUCACUCUGCAAGAGUAUAAGCAUAACAGACAACUCGAGUGGCUCGGACAAGGAGAAGGAGAAGCCGAGUAACAAAGCUGAAGAUGAAGCAGCUGCCACACGAACCAAAGAGACACUGGUGGACGAACAUUCCUCUGUUAAACAUGUGGUACAAGGUCGUCGCAGGUUCCAGGAGCUACGGAGGUGCAUGCAAACAGAGGAAGAAGACGAACCUGACGUUCCACAACAAUCUGACCAUGCGUAUGCUCUGGAGCAUCCAUUCAAAAUCAUAUCGCACGAUACGAUGAGUCUACAGAGUAUGACGUCACUCGGCAGGAUCGGCAGGAUACUCAGCGGGGCUGCGGAGUCGCAUCCAAACAUAAGAGAGAACAUUCCAGUACCUUCCGCAUCAUCACGAGAACCUUCCACGAUAUCUGACGACCCUUUGAAUACAGACAGAACUCAGAAUGUGCUAGCAAUGGCUGAACCAGACGUGAUAGCGAGUACAAAAGCAAACAGUCUGAAACAAAGAUCCGGGGGAACGGCCAUAGUAGCUGUGAGUCAUACCCAUUUGCCUGGACCCGUUGCACCGCCCAGGAAGAAGAAACGCAACAAAUUGCACGGUUCACAAACGCUAUCGACAGCAGACGGCGACGACGUGAGCGUGUGCUCGCAGCCCGCGCACACUACACGCAAACCGCAUCUCGACUCGCUCAGAGUGGAGGCGGCUCAAGUAAGCACAUUGAGUCAGAGCAUGGCCUUGCCCAGUCCGGCGAGUACUAUCGAAUCAUUGACGAGAGAGUUUCAAGACUCGUUGGAACUAUCACAUUCUAAAUAUGCAAGCGACAUGUCCCUGGGCGACACGUGGUCGUCUCCCCAGGCGCCGCCCGCACGCACACACACGCAGCCACAGCACACACACACACAGCCCCAGCAUACACACACGCAGCAACAGCACACACACACGCAACUUUAUGCACACACGCACACGCAUGCUGAUCUUAGUGCUGUUAAUGGCGAAUGCGGUCGCAACGAAGAAACACGUGCGGGUACCCGUAUGCAUAGUGGUACUGCAAGUCUGGGAUCUACUACUCGGCGGGGCGAAGGCGCCCGCGCGCGGCGGCGCUCGGCCGGCGACUCGCCCGCGGAGGGCGACGUGGGGGGCGAAGGCCUACGGGCCCGCUGUGCGUCCGGCCGACAGCUCUCCGACAUCGAGAUACUAGAGCAGGUCACCGUGCUUAAUUUGGAUACUGUGCACAGGUGUGUUGCAGGCGAGCGCGUGCCGCUCAGCGUCGCCGAGCACAAGCUGCCCCAGUGCAUCAACCCGCUCAGCCUGCACAUCAUGCGCCUCACGUCCGAGUAUAUCGGGAGACCGGCUGAUGAUGACCAUAAUAGGGAAACUGACGAGGAAAGUGAAAGCGUAUGCACGGGAGGCGUUGAGGAUGAGACGAAAGAAGCUAAAAGAGAGUCGGUCGAUCGACAAACGACAGCUAUCAAACGUAAAACCGAAAAUGUAAUUCGAGCCGAUCUCGUCAAGUGUCACUCGCACGACAACAUAAACAUCAGGUUAAAGCGGUUCUUCGGUAGCACAGUUAAGAAAACAGUAGAUGCUGCUAAAUCUCUAGCACAAGAAGUAUCACAUGCGAGACAUAAAGAAGACGUUGCUGAGAUAGCAGAUGAUGUGCAUGGAGAACAUAAUAUUAAACUGAAAGCAUCUAACUCACACAAGGGACCGUACGACUUCGAUGGAUGCGUGCGUUAUGUACAGGAGCUGGGCGGCGAGGGCCUGGGGCACGCGGGCGCGGUGUGGUGCUGCAAGUUCAGCGUGUGCGGCCGCCUGCUCGCCACCGCGGGGCAGGACCGGCUGCUGCGCGUGUGGGUCACACGGGACGCCUGCCACAUGUUCCAGGAUAUGCGCACAAAAUACAACGCUGAACAGAAAUCGUCCCCCACCCCGUCCCAAGAGUCCCUCGCGUCCCUCGCCCCGCCCCCCUCCCCGGACCACUCCCCCCCACUCGGCCCCGGCGCCCCCUUCAACCCUAAACCCUUUUGCAUCUACUCUGGACAUAAUUCCGACCUGCUAGAUGUCUCCUGGUCCAAGAAUUACUUUAUCCUGUCCAGUUCUAUGGACAAAACGGUCCGUUUAUGGCAUAUUUCGAGGGGCGAGUGUUUGUGCUGUUUCCAGCAUAUUGAUUUCGUGACGGCCAUCGUCUUUCAUCCGAGAGAUGAUAGGUAUUUCCUGUCGGGGAGUCUGGAUGGCAAGUUGCGGCUGUGGAAUAUUCCGGAUAAAAAGGUGGCCGUUUGGAACGAAGUGGACGGCAAAACGAAACUAAUAACAGCGGCUAAUUUUUGUCAAAACGGCAAGUUCGCUGUCGUCGGCACUUACGAUGGCCGCUGUAUCUUCUACACAACAGAUCAGCUCAAAUAUCACACGCAAAUAGACGUUCGUUCCACAAGAGGAAAGAAUUCAACAGGAAGAAAAAUAAGCGGCAUCGAACCUAUGCCAAACGAUGACAAAAUACUUGUAACCUCAAAUGACAGUCGUAUACGAUUGUACGAUUUACGAGACUUGAAUUUAUCCUGCAAAUAUAAGGGCUAUGUGAAUGUGUCGAGUCAAAUAAAAGCCUCGUUUUCUCAUGAUGGGAAAUACAUAGUUAGCGGGUCAGAAAACCAGUGUAUUUAUAUAUGGAAGACGUGUCAUGAUUACUCCAAAUUCACGUCAGUUAGGAGGGACAGGAACGACUUCUGGGAAGGGAUAAAAGCCCAUAAUGCAGUGGUGACUUGUGCCAUAUUUGCGCCCAAUCCUGAUCAUAUGAUACGCAUGAUUAAUGAAAGGGAAGAGAAACUUAAUGCGGGCAAGAGUCAAGAGGAGAAGGAGGAAGUGAAGAGUCCAGAAGGCGGUAUGGUAUCGUCCUCCCAAACGGGCCACGUGCUCGUCAGUGCGGACUUCAACGGCGCCAUACGAGUGUUCGUUCACAAGGCGAAGCCCAAACACUCCUCGCUACCUGCCUCUGCACUUGCUUAGAUGUGAUGAUUUAGAAAAUUUUUGUGAAGAAAAUAUGCCCAAAUCACGCUGGCUUCAUAUACACAUCUACACAAAAAAUAUUGGAAAAUAAUUCGUAUAUAAUCUAUUUAUUUUGAUGAAUAAGUUAAAACAAAUAGAUUAUGUUGUAUUUUCUGAGUUGACUUCGAAAUUUAGGGAAGCAUCCAGCAUCUGUGACUGUAAAAAAUCAAUAAUUUGCGAUUUUUUCGUCAAAAACAGACUUUCGUUUUGAACAGAAAUAUAAGGCUAACGUAAUAAAGUUAUUGUGACAAUCAAAAAACUCAUGUAUACUGAAUUUUUUUUUUAAGAUUUCAAGCAGUGGAUAGGACAACAUUAUCAUAAAAGUAACAGCUUAUGUCGUGCUAAACUCAGAGCCCAUGGGGUCUUCGAAAUUAAAAUAUAAAAUACUUAAUAAAGAAAGAGAUCAAUUAUUGUUUGUAGGUGUUUUAUGUAAUACAUUUCAUUUUUUAAUACUAAAAUUCUGGAAACCGUCAUUCCGCCAACACUAUAAUGUUAAAUACAAAAAAAAUGCAACUGACUCGAUGUUAAAAUUUCACAUCGCUUUAGCGCAAAGCGACUAAACGCGGUUUUAAAAAUUAACAAUGUGUCUUGAAUUGUUUUACGAAAUUUGCAAUUUAAUAAAGUGAGACUAACCUAACCUAACUUAAAUUUGAGAUAUCAUACCGUGGUCUAGUUAGAGGCAGUGGAAAAAUCUAAAUAAAAACAAAGGAAAAGCUAAAAGAUGCAAUCAAUAAUGCUUUCUUUGUAGAUCACUGUUAUUCAAUUUUUUAGAUAAACUUUUAUAAUGACGAUUAAAAAUUAUAAGAAAAUCUUAGAAUGUUUAAUUCCGAAACAAAUGUGACUGCCACAAUAUAGAGACCAUUUUGAGAUGAAUUUAAUAAUAUAUCAAUAAUAGUAAUUGCAGUUAAAUUGAUAAAAAAUUAAUAAAAAUAAACUGAUUAUAAUUUUGAAUAAAAGAUUGCGCGGGCACGUAGCGACGCAACUCCCCAUACAGUUGAUGGGAGAGACAAAAUAGUUGCGGAGACAAAAGUUGCUCUUGCGUGUUAGCUCUUAAUCGCCUAUGGUGUCGAAUCAAAAAGAUUGAAUCUUAAAUUAAUGAUUGUUAUAAAUUUGUAACAAAAAUGAUAUGACUCUGUACGCACAUGUAUAACGGAAUUAAAUAUGGCUAAUCCUUAAUCGACCAAAUUUAUAAUUUAAUGUCACACUAUUGUUAUUGUGUUAAAAAACUUUAUGUGAUGUAUUCACGGUUUACCAAAUGAUAAUUACGAAACUAUUAAUGUCUUUGGUUGUAAAAGAAUAUCACUAACUUAUAAAUAUAUUAUCUUCAUUACAACUUACAUAUUAUUAUAAAUUAUGUCAAUAAACUUAUGUUAAAAACUAUUUAAUGAUAAACAUAUUAUUCUUAAAUCAUGUAUAAUUUAUUUUCGUAUUUAUCAAAAAAUGUAAUAAAGUAUAUUUUGUAUAUUUGUUAGGAAGUUAUACACCAAUUAAAUAUCUCGUUUAUUUUGUAUAAGUUCUUGCCUCUAAAUAUUGUGAUUAAUAAAAUAAGUGUACAUUGAAUAGUUGUAUAGAUCGCGAUGCCAUUGUAUUGUAUGUUUAACUGGCAUUUAUCUUUGAAAAUAAAUGGGUAUAUAACAUGUU